AUGUCUGGUCGCCAGGGAGGUAAAGCAAAGCCAUUAAAGGGCCCUAAAAAAAAGCAGCUGGAUCUUGAUGAGGAUGAUUUAGCCUUCAAAGCUAAGCAAAAAGCCGAUGCUCAGGCAAAGAAAGAAAUGGCUGCCAAAGCAAAAAAAGGAGGACCAUUAGUUGGAGGUGGAAUUAAAAAAUCUGCAAAGAAAUGA